AUGGAGAUACAUGAAUUGUCUGUUAAUGAUUUUAAUAAAGAAGGUUUUUUUUCAUGUUUCUUGAAUUAUAAAACUGACUUGUUCAUUUGUCGGCAAAUCGAAAUUGUCAAUAUUUCUUCUUCUUUUUCUUUUUCUUCUUCUUCUUCUUCUUCUUCUUCUUCUUCUUUUUCAAUAUUAUUUUUACCUUUUCACAUGGUUAUUAUUGCCUUUUCUUCUCGUUCUUUCUUUCUUCUUCAUAUUUUUUAUUUUAUUGUAUUUCUUUUCCCCUUUCCUUCAUGUUUCACUUCAUUUUUUAUUUUUCGUUUUCUUUCCUGCUUCUGCGUCUUUUUUCCAUUUAUUUCCAUUUUUCUUUUUCUUCUUUUUUUCCUCUUCCUUUUUUCUUUUUCUUCUUUUCUCUCUUUCUUUAUUUUCUCAAGUCUUUCUUUUUUAUUGCUCAAUUUUAUUCUUUUUCUUUUUCUUUUUUGCUUAUUCUUCUAUUCUUUUCAAUUAUUCACAUUUUUUCUUUUUUUUCUUUUGUCUCUUCUUUUACUCUCUCCCUUUCUUCUUUUCGUUUUACUAUCUUUUUUCUCUCUUUCCUUCUUUUCCCUUUUGUUUUUCAUCUUUCUCCUCCGCUUUUCUUUUUCUACUCUUCUUUUCCGUCUUCUUUUCCUUGUUCUCCUCUCUUUUACUUCCUCCUUCUCUAUCUUCUUUAACUUUUGUUACUGUCUUUUCAUCAUCCACAUUCCAUAUCUAGACCGGGAUAUCUUCCAUUUCUCAAUGCUGCCAGAGUUAAUAGCACCAACAACUAGAACAUUAUCUCGUUGUCUAUUAAUGAGCGUGCACUCUUAG